UGUGGCCUUGGAUUUGCCUGCUCUUCUGUUCCCGUCUUUUUUAUCACGGUGGAAAUCUUGAACUGAAGCAGAAAAAGGAAAUUGAGGAGAAAUGGACAUAGCUCUCUUCUCUCCAUCUUCGCUUUUCGCUGGGGACGAUGAUGAUUCCUCUGCUGAUGAGCAAACGACGGAGACCAGUCUGAGCUACGUCGAGAGGAGGCAUCAGUUUCCUGGAAUGGAGCUGAUAAUCCAAGAAUUUUCUUUUCAUCAGCUGAAUGCUAACUUACUCUGGCCUGGUACAUUUGCAUUUGCAGAAUGGUUAGUUCAAAAUCCAUCAUGCAUAAAAGGACGGAGAUGCAUUGAGUUGGGCAGUGGAACUGGAGCUUUGGCUAUUUUUCUCAGAAAGUCAUUUGACCUUGACAUCACAACAUCAGAUUAUGAUGAUCAAGAAAUUGAAGAGAACAUAGCGCAUAACUGCAGCAAAAGUAACAUAAUUUUUUUGACAGAUUCAUGGGGUGAUACCUUUCCAAUUGCAGACCCAGACUGGGACUUGGUUGUAGCAAGUGAUAUCUUAUUGUAUGUAAAACAGUAUACAAACUUAACAAAAUCUCUUUCAUUUCUUCUCAAGGCAUACAAGCCAAGCGAUAACAAAUCAUUUAUCGUAGUCAUCAUUCUUUCAUUUAACUUGUCAGGAAUUUGGAUGAAUUUGCCUAAGCCGGCAUUUUUGAUGAGUUGGAGACGUAGAAUUGGAAAGGAAGACGAGUCUCUCUUCUUUGCUGGAUGUGAGAAGGCUGGUCUUGAAGUGAAGCAUAUCGGAUCCCGUGUUUAUUGCAUCAACCUGAUAGAAUCAAAAUCUACCUGAUUAAACAAAUACAAUAUUUGGAAACUGAUUUUUCAGAAUUGCUGCUGGAUGCUGAUCAGUUCCCAUUAUAGUGCAGGAAUUUGAAGGACAUAUACUUAUUUGUAUCUCAACAAUCUCGACUCUUCUGAUCCUGCAUAUAAAGUGUAGGGAAUUAGAAGGAAAGCUUUAAGAUAUAAAUAUUUGAAGUUGGAUAUUUCCUCACA